AUGCCGCCCAAGAAGGUGCUCUCAAGGAAGCCCCCCAAGUCUUCGCCAGCAAGCUCUUCCGAGCCCCCCGCGCCCUUCAAGCGAGCCCCUGAACCCGCAGACUUCAAGCGCAAGAUCUUCCUGGUCCCCGUCGCCAUCAACAUCGCCAUUGCCCUGAUCUUCGCCUGGCGCGUCUACUAUGUGAGCCCUUGGUACUUCGCCCUCCUCGCCUCGGGCCUCGGCCACAGUAACGAGACCACCGUUGCCCCAUCCGAGUCCUCCUGGGGCGUAAUCGCCCGGGUCAUUGCACGCCGAGCUUUCACUUUCCUGCUGGAUUUCCUCCUCUUCGUCUUUGUCUGGCCUUGGCCCGUCGAGUUCUGUUUCGGCAGGACCCACGGCAGUCCCGCGCAGUGGCGGUGGAACGUCGGCUUCCGCGACAAGGAGAUCUACGUGCGCCGCAGCAGGCCCACGUGGGAUGGGAAGGUCCGCGAGGCCGUGAAGGGGACCGACUUUGAGGCGAGGAGCCAGCUCAUGACCAACAUCGGGGUGGCUGUGAACCCGAUGCUGUUGAACGAGAAGACGGGCUACUUGACCAUGAACAACGAGUGGGAUCUCGACUGGGCUGCUAUGGUCGACGCCACGAGGCUGGUCGACAAGAAGGACGUGGAGCUGGACGCGUUCAAGCUGAUGGUUCUGGUGCACCACGAAGGUCAUGGGUGGCUAUCUUUGGACCUGAAGGAGACGAGAGCGGACGCUGCGCCGGAUGAUGCGCCGUUCGAUGAGCGAAGGACACAGGUCUUUGCGUUCCGGGAUGCCCUUGCUGCUGCAGGCAAGGAGGACCUGUUCUAUCGCUGGAUCGAGAUUGUCCAGUUCGAGUCCUCACAGCCGGGCGGGUUUGGUCCAGAAAAGCAAGUGGAGGUGGCACAGAAGAUCAGAGACCUGUUUCAAGAACAGGGUAUCGAUUUUGAUGAAUUUUGGAAAGAAAGUGUUGGCUCAGACGGGCUCGCAAGCAUGUAG